ACCGCUGGGUCACAAAGCGGUCCUAUGAUUGAUUAGCUGACGGAGACAAGAUUGAGUAGCAACUGGUGAUAAUAUGCGCGUUUGGAGCGAACGUACGAUUCUGACACGAUCUUGGGGAAUCAACACAAGUGGAUAAAGUAGAGAUUAGACAACCAAGUCUAUAAAACAAAUCUCCUUUGAUUGUUUGUCGUAAUAUCAUCAACUUCGAGUACUAGACAUCCAACAACAAUUCCAUUGCCGUCAUUUCCGUUUAUUGAAUUUGCACUCAAAGGACGUCAAGUUCAGGGAGAAGAAUUUGAGCACAUGCAAAUGAUCUGAUUAGCACAGCUAUGGAAUCAACGUAUUUUGUAUCCUUCAAAAUUUUUAUUAUUUCAGUUAUGGUGAUUCCCAAUUCUUAUUAUCAAGGUUCUUCGACAGUGACAGCGUCAUUCCCUUUGACAAACUUGUGUUACGACAACUACGGUAGGCCUCAAAGAUGUUUACCAGAAUUUCACAACUUGGCGUAUGGGAAGAAGAUCAAUGCAAGCCAGACUUGUGGCAGGCCUCCGCGAAAAUUUUGCAAAUGGGAGCUGCGCGGAUAUACAUGCGAUGUAUGCGAUAAUAGAUUUCCAAGCAAGACUCACUCGGUCAAAUAUCUCACUGAUUUGCACAACCAAAAUAAUGUGACUUGCUGGCUAGCGGAUCCUAAGCAGUCCCGCCAGAACGUGUCAUUGACACUCUCGCUUGGUAAAACAUACGACAUCACCUAUAUUAGCCUACAAUUCUGUGGCCCAAAGCCGGACUCUAUGGCCAUAUACAAAUCAGUGGAUUUCGGCAAGAGAUGGCAGCCGUAUCAGUUUUACUCUAGCUCAUGCAGUCAGAUGUAUGGAAGGCCUGAGAAAUCUUUCGCCAGCCAAGAAAAUGAACAAGAAGCACUGUGCACGGAUGCACACCUCAAAAAGCCCCUUCAAGGAAGUUGGAUAGCGUUCAGCACGCUAGAGGGACGGCCCUCAGCUAAUAAUUUUGAAUCCAGCCAAGUCCUUCAAGAGUGGGUUAGCGCGACAAACAUCAGGAUUGUAUUCGACCGCACUAGCGCGUCCAAAAGGAAACAGGAUUAUUAUUAUUACGCCGUGUCAGACUUUGCGGUGGGUGGACGGUGCCGCUGUAACGGACAUGCCGCUCGGUGCCCCAUCGGUCGUGACGGACAGCCAGUUUGUGAAUGCAGGCACCACACGACUGGUAGCAACUGCGAGCAAUGUAAAGCAUUUUUCAACGACCGACCGUGGAGGCCUGCAACCGAGUCCUCUGCAAACGAAUGUGUAGCCUGCAAUUGUAACUUGCACGCCAAAGCGUGUGAGUUUAACAAGGAGUUGUUCAAGUUGUCUGGUGGCCACAGUGGAGGGGUGUGUAUCCACUGCAGACACAAUACGGCUGGAAGGUUUUGCCAUUACUGCAAAGAGGGCUACUACAAGGACUCUUCAAAGGAUAUCACAGACAGAAGAGUCUGCAGACCAUGUUCCUGCCACCCGCGAGGAUCGAUGGGAAAAGUUUGCGACCAGAGCACAGGUCAGUGUCCGUGCAAGGAAGGAGUGACUGGAAGAGAGUGUGACAAAUGUGCAGAGGGUUAUAAGACUACAAAGAGCGCCAUAGCACCUUGUAUCAAACCACCAUACCCGGUGAUGUCGAUUCAGCCCGAUGGAUCAUCCUGCUUCCAGUGCAAGGGAGCCGGUCUUUCAGGAAGGAAAUUCUGUCGAAAAGAUUUUGCAAUGAAAGUCGCUGUUCUUGGGUUGGACAGAACAUUGCAAGGAGAAUGGGUCCGAGUAACCGUCAACGUCAUGACACGUUACAAGCGUUCAUUGGUCCGUUUGAAAUUAGGAAAUGAAUUUCUUUGGAUUCCGAAACGAGACCACAAAUGCAAAUGCCCCAAGCUCCGUCCUGGCCGGCAUUACUUAAUAGCUGGCUCAAUUAAAUCCUCUCGUCAGAGAAGGAAAAUUGUUGUGAACAACCGCAGCAUGGUAGUCACGUGGAAUAAGAGCAUGGAGAGAAGAGUGGAACGAAUGAAGAAGAGGUGUCAAAAACAAACACAGCUUUGAAUAUCGAUGUAAUGAAAGCAAGCGUUCGGAAAUGUAAUUAGAAACCAGGAAAACGAGGAUUGGAAAGAACUAAUCUAGAAGAGGAGUCAGAACGAAACACGAUUUUGAACUACGUCGCAAUGCACAGCAAAUCUCGAAAAUUUUAGUAGACACAAGUAAAACUGGUGUGGUAAAAGAAACAGUUGAUAUUGUUCAGUCUGGGGUACUUGUGAAGAAAGCGAGAAUAUGAACAGAAGGGGAAGAAAGGAAAAGUCUACCGGUAUAUCAGUAGAAUGUGUUUCCUAUCUUUAGGAUGUCUUGAAGCAGCCGACUUUUCUCUUUCUCUUUUAGAGGCCCUCAAACAAAAAAUUGGAAAACCACUUAAUUCUUCCGUUUUUAUCAUCUGAACACGUGAAAAACCACCUCGCCAAACAACGCGUCGAUCCACGACGAGGCUCUCAUAGUUUUUGAAGAUCUUUUGUAUUUUUUCAAAUAUUUUUCCCUCAAAAAAACUCCAAGAUCGUGAGUAAUAACAGAGCACAAUAUUCAUUUUCUAUGAUUUCCGAUUGAGAUUAUAUUAAAUCAUAGUUAAUAUGUAACCCCAAAUCGUUGUGAAAUAUUUCAGGAAAUUAACCUGAAAUUUAAAUAAUAUAUGAUUGUAUAAUUCCUCCUUAUUGAUGACGUCAAU